AUGCAUCAACAUCCACGAUCACCGUUGCCGGCAAGGCGGCCAAGCGUAUCCUCGCCGAGCUCAGCGAGAGCCGAUACUUCGAGAGACCAGGAUGACAAUCGUCCGCCAUCUGUACAGUUGUCGGACGCAACAAGAGGCCUAGGAAUUGACGCGGGAGCCGAAGUAUCGGCUCCCGCGAAAGAAGCCAUGGCAAAGCUCAGUCAAGUCAUAGCGAACUACCAUACUAAAGCCGCGCUUAUCAUACUCCAUGCAAGAGUCGACCUCCCCCCAACUUUCAGCAAAGGAUCCGACUCACCAAGAGUGAACCGUUGGUUUAAUGUAGAAUUGGACGAAACCGAUGAAUAUCGGGACAGCAUACGAAGGUGGAGGACAUGCGAUGCUACCGAUAACCGACCGCCGCCCAUGAUUAUUGAGACAUAUCUCGACGCAAAGUCCUUGACGAAUAGUCAAACCCUUGUCCUCAUAGACGAAAGCGGAAAACGCUGGGAUGUGGUGGGUGCCUUGGCAGCGUCGCAGAAUGCUUCGGUACGGGCCAGACCAAAGGAAGUCGUUCUGGAGAGAUGGAAGGUUGAACUCGGCGCGUCAUCAACAAGGCCGCCCCCUGACCUAGCUGCAAUUCUACCUACAGUUUACAAGAAGAGCAUUGUCUUAUUCCGAUCCUUGCAUUCCUAUGCGAAAUUAUUGCCGGCCUGGAAAGUUGUCAAACGAGCUGGAAUUAUGCGUAUUAACCCGGCUCUGAAGAUCAGAUAUCGAAUUCGUGAAGCUCGUGAAACCGACUUCAAUUCGAGCUCUGAUAGCUUGACGCUGUCUCUACAAUCGGGAAACGAGAAAGUUAUCGAGACCUAUUCCUUUGGUACGACCGAAUCGCCGGCCGGGCCCUUCUCCAUUCAAGUAGCCUAUCGCCUCAAUGUUGAUUUUAGAGUCGAUGAUUCAGAAUCACUUCUAAGUUCUCGAUUCAUGGGUGCGGAUGACAACUAUUUCCUCCCAUCACUACCCUCUGAAGAACCAAACAAAAUGCUAGCUCAAGAAUCAGGCUCCCUGCCCUUAGGGAGGAGAGGUUUUGCAGACCCCGAUCGUUCCCAGGCUUACGGUAGCCUCUCGACGUUCCACCAAGUUGGACCGAUAACGGGUGCUAGUCCCAUAUCGACAUUACGCGCCGUCCGAGACAUGGGUAGCACCUCACCCUCGUCAGCGUCUCCUCCGCGAAAACUACUUUCUGCUGCUAAAGUAGGCCCCGUAGGCCGCGUAGUUGGAGAGAGUAGCGGCGCUGUGGCCAGACGGCCUUCGAUAUCAAUCCAACCCUUUAAAGCUCCACCAUUAUCAGCAUCUCCAUCGCUCGUUGAUCCGCCACUCGGUGUGUCCCCUCGAACUAGUGGCAGUCGUACAAUAACAUCUUCGAGUUUGAGUGAUCCUCGUACUAUGCCGCCACCAACGGUGCCGGCUUCGGCAGGGCGAAAAAUAGGAUUUGAACAACCUAUUUUACCAUCCUCAGCUUCGGGCUCUCCCAAGCCUUCCUCUAUUUCAAGGUACAGCAGCUCCUUCAGCCAUCGGCGUGGAAGACUAUCAUCCGGCGGCACUACACGUAUCGACGAGGACAACAUAUCGAGCGGGAAAGCCAGUGCAGCGUCAUCCGGUGCGCCACCUGGUUCCGGCAUACUCGCAGAUCCCAGCGGUGCCAGCGGGGAUUCCUUACAUACAGACGACGACAAUAUCUCAGACUUCCUCAAAAUGCUUGACCUGAGAAAAGAUCUAUUGAGCCCUUCGAAGAAAGCUGCAGUUGAUGCUGCGACUCGUAGAACAUCUGCCGCACUAACUCGGUUUCAACGGAUGCGCGAUACUAAUGCUGCGCUUUCUGACUCCAUGUCCUCUUCGUUCCACCUUCACCGUUCGUCGAGCUCGUCAAGUCGACAGCUGUCCAGUGUUCCACCAAUGGUUGCUGGCACAUCGAUAUCCACAGCUUCGUCUCCUGGCAAACCAAUUUCUCCUCAUACCCCUCAUACGCCAGCUAUCCGCUCCCGGUUGAGUUCUAAUAAUAUCAUCACUAACGACAGAGAACGUGAUGCUUCUCCUCGACAAUCAGAUGUUGAACCGGAAGUCACUCCAAGUGACGAGACAGCAUAUCAUCCCACUCAACCAGGCGCCAAUGUAAUCGACAUCCCCACGUCUCCGAGCUCUGGUCUGCCGGCUUAUCGGCGUUCAAGUUCUGCUCACAGUCGACGUGUGAGUACGGGAGGCGCUGAUGACGAGGAAAUAUUUCCGUUUGGUAUGCGAAGUGUCUCUCUGGGCGAAGAUAGAACUCACCUAAGCCUAAGCGCUCGGAUGCGACAGCAAGACUACGAGUCCAUGGGUACUAAUACUGAACAGCAAAGCUCUGGAGCGACGCAACCAGCAGAUGACACCAGCAAUCCGGCAUUACAAACCUCAUACCCAUUGCGAGAAUAUGCGCAGCGUGGGGGGUACGGGUCUAGUGCUGCUAUCGCCACGUCUACAUCAUCGAACCACCCGUAUCAAGCCCGCUUCUCUCAUAGUCGAGGACGGGGCUCAUCCGGUGGACCACAAUCACACAGUUCUGCAUCUGGAAGCUUCCCACGAGGUAGUGCGAUACCAGCACAUCUCACGGAGCGUGAGCGUGACCGCGACAGCAAUACAAGCGGAAGCAAUAGUGUCACAUCACUCUUGGAGAACAGGCGCGGUGCCAGUCGUCGCUCUGGCUCUGGACGCCCUCCAGCUCAACAUACAACAAGUUUUGAGGAGGAUGAGCCACUACUUUUCGCAAUGAGUGAUUUUGGUGCCUCGCGGCGGAGCCUUGAGGAGGGUCGACGCAGUAGUGUCGGUGGUGAAUCGGGCACAGCCUCUGGAGGAUCCAGAAGAGGCAGUGGGCGUCGAGGAGCCGGAAUGCCUGGCUUCCAUCCCUGGCAAUAG